AGAGUGCACGUGCGCGCGUCCCGUCGAGAGUCCCGACACUUUUCUCGCAUAAUCAACGCUCGGAUACCAGUGGACCGGAGUUUGCUUGCAACCUGGACAACGGGAAAAUUCAAAUUUCCUUCGGUUUUGCUGUUUUGUACCCAACACGGUUGUUUUUUUUUUCGGAGUUUGGUGUUUGAGUGAUAUUUUUCUGAUCAAAGCACCCUUUGCGGUUGGCAAUGUUAGUAAAGUGAUUUCGUAUCUAAAACAUUCAGUUCAGUGAAAUUAUUUCCCCAACUUUGUCAACUAUUUUUGCUAUACGUGCUAAAAUCGUGCUCAAUAGCAAUUGUUUCUUUCCGUGCUAAUUGGUUAAACUGUGUGUUACAAUCUGCUUGCAAAGUGUAGCCUGAAACCAAGACCGAACGGAUACAUAAGGUGCCUGCUUAUCGUGUCUGCGUAACGUUUGUGCGUAAUUGGCUAAGAAAAUAACGUUCCAAAACAAAGUGUGGUGAAGAGAAUUCUUGCUCAGUGAUCAUAUUAAAAACCAGCAGCAUAAAACGUUCAACCGAGAAAUUGGCAGUUAAGAUAUAUUGAGCAGAAAGGUGUGAAGAAAGUCUUACCAGUGAACAACAUCAAAGAACCAUCGGAACGCUCCCGCCGAUCCUCACCGUGGAAAUUGCAUCGUCUCGGCUCUUCUACUGAAGGGCGGUAAAAUCCGAUUCCGAGAUACGGAACCGUUUCAUUAUUCCACCCGCCCCAAAACGCUCUCGUGAGACAAUGUGGAACUGCUAAGCCCGUGACUUUGUGCCCGCGAGUGUGUGUGUGUGUGUUGUGAGUGAGUGUCUAGCGCGUCACCUUUCAACUUUUGCUAAAACUGCACCUUCCCAAAACGUUUGCUCAUUUCGCUUCGCAAUCUGGCUGCAGCGAACAUAAUUACCGAGUCGUGAAAAGUGUCAUUCCGUGGUUGCGCAUCCACAAUUUAGAUCGGCAUCUCGUGCAGACCCCCGUGCAGAGCCCUUUAGCGAAAUGGUGACCUGUCAAAAGUGGAUGGUGGUGCUGCUGAGCUUGCAGUUGCUAGUGGUGGGAACGCGAGCGAUACCAUCGCCCAGCAGCUCGAACUCGCCGAACCCCGCGGAUGAGGAAGCGGCAAGCGUACAGCUCGACUCCGACACCGGGGACGAUCGUGAGCUGAAGAGUGAUGAUGACGGGUACGAUUUUCUGUCGAUCGAUCAACUGUUCCUCAACAAUCCCCAGUAUCGACAGCUGAUCAGCGAUCUGCAGGCCCAUACCUUCGGUAGCAACUGGCGCCGGAAGCGUGACGUUGCCGAACACGAGCUUCCCGACGCGUUUCGCAGUGACGAGUCGCUAAGUUCACCGCGUGCAUCCACCGUACCGACGACGACCACGACAACCUCCACAUCGGCCGCCGUUUCGUCGAGCACCGCGGCUGAAGCACUCGUGACCGAUGUAGCAUCGACGCGAGACAUCACAUCGUCUUCGACCACUUCCGAUCUACCGAAAGCGGCCGCCCUGACUAGCACACCCUCCAAGUCCAAGGAAUCUCCCAAGGAAGUGACGAAACCUUCUACGGUCAGUUCAACCAGCGCGACUAGCAGUAGCAGCAGCAGUACCAGCACUACCACAACUACGACUACCUCAAGCACGGUCCGUGGAAGCUCUACCGUAGCCACCAGUGCCUCGUACGGCUCGUCCGGAUCCACAGAAGCCCCAGCAGCUCGUAACGCUACCCUCGAGAUGACUACGGCAGCCGCACCGAUCCGUGCCAGCACACCGCGUCGUCUAUCGCACAAAAACAGUUCAAACAAAAACAAGAACAAGCUUUCGGCGGCUGUCGCUGCUGCACAAGCUGCUGCCGCUGCUAGCAAACCCACCACAAAUGCGUCCGUCGGACCGAGCACGGUCAACGUCAACAAGGUCAGUGUCAGCAGCAAUGCCGUGGCGAGCAGCAGUAGCAACCAGAUCCCGCAGCAAACUCCACCAGCUGUAGCGAUUCCGGCACCAGAAAACGGAACUGCUGCCGGACCGGCCGGGAAUAAUAAAGAUAAGACUGGCCUCGCACCGACCAAGUACCAUUACUAUCCGCACAAUCAGCAUAUCUACUUCCUGCCCGAAUGCGCCAUCCAGCAGGUCUGCAAUGCUGUCUACGUCCGUCUGAACUACACCCAGCCACUGUGUGCCUGCCCACCGAGAUAUCGCGAUCCAUGCUCGGCUAGCCUGAACGAAGACGACAACCACACGAUUAAGCUCGUCGGCAAUCAGCAGAAGCGCGCAAUUACGCUGGCAAAGACGUGCGAAAACACGAACGAGCUGCGCGAUUGCCGUGCACCGAAGGACUGGUCCAUCCUCGCCCUGCAGAACACUCGAACUGGCAAGUCGCACUAUCUGGUUAUCUGCAAGUGUCCACCGCACUAUCGACUCGAGGGACCGCUGGCCCACGAUCAGCCAACGUACGCCGGUCUGCCCGGUAUCAACGUGUACGGUAUGCUGUGCGUCCCGCCGGAGACCUCCAGCUACUACGCCUCGAAGCCGGCCAAAACGCCCGCCAACGUGUACAACAAGUGGAAGGUCCCCUCGAGACAGCCGGUUUCGUCGUACCGUGCGAACUCCGCCGCCAUCGCCGCUGACACCGAGACCGAAUCCGUCUCCCGGACGUACCAGAACACUACUACGAACGCUAGUGCGCCAGUGAGCCAGUGAGAUGCAUAGACCGGAAUCCACGGUUUGGCUUUGCGAAGCUAGAUUCGCUCCAGCUUCACGGCCAGAUGGAAAGGAUGGCCAGAUGCAUCCUAUUCGCGCCUAACUUAAUCAUCCUCCAUUUCCAUUUCGAUCAUUCACUUUCAACACCCAUCCAAACCAUCUCAUUCCCAUCGAAACUCAAACUGCUAACUAUUCCAUUAUUUAUUUGCCGUUUAGUUGAUAGUUAGUAUGAAGGCCCGCUCGCACCGACGGGGGCUUGUAGUCGUUACAUUACACAAGUCGUAACUAGCCGUUUUUUUAAUCAUCUGCACACACACAUCAUCAUCAACACAUCAUUCACAUAAACGCUAUCCAACAACACGACCGUAAUCGAACGGUAGAGCGCAACAAAAACGAUUCCGGAUCGCGAUCGUACGAUCAAACCCAGACGAACGGACGCCAUCUUGAAAUCGUUUUCCUACGGUCCGAUUGACGGGUGCAGCUUAGGAGAAGUUUUAGAAAAAAUGGCGCCGACUGGAGAAAUUGAAUGAACGCCCGUAAGGAUUUAAAUCCAUUUCGGGCGAACGGAGGUGGACACUCUCGCCUGGCGCUUCCAAAACGCAUUAUCCCGCCGCCUUAGACUACCGAUCCGCAACCGAUAUCUCUUUCUUUUCAUCGCUACUGCGCCAAACGGUAACCACAGAGAGAGAGAGAGUCUGGGGACAACAUUUUAAUCGAAAUGGUUUCACUGCCCGUAACAAACAAAAAAAACAAUGGCCACCAGUGAUGGAAAGAACGAGAUCCGGACGGAAGGAUCAACACCCUGUUGGCGGUUACGAUCGAUUCUGGCUCGCAGCGCCUGAUUCGCGUGCUCGAAUAAUGCGAGCCCCAUUCUUCUAAACUUGCCUAUUUAUUAUUAUUCUGCUAUUUAUUUUUUAACAUUACACGAUACAUACAAACGAACCGGCGACGAAACGGAACUAGGGAGCUAGAGAUUGAGGCGGACAGUGCAUGGAAGCCACCAUGAAUGUGUGGUGUCGGACGAUGCAAAACGAUGUUUUUUUAACAGAAUCUUUUUUUGUUUGCAGUACUAUGUUUGCCUGUAGUGCUACAUAUCCCCAAGUCCCGGAGACACGAUUUGGUGGGUGUGCCGGAUUUUUCGUGUUCUUUUUGUAAAUAGUAUAACAAAACAUUUCCGCCCAUCGCAGUUGAAAAGGGGUUGUUGAUAUAAGCAUACAUAACACAUAAAAAGGAUGCUGCUCAUGCGUACAACUGAUCGGUCGGUUUCGACCAGUACGCGUUAGCAGUAAACGAAGGGAAAGAUUUUACUGACUUUUUCUACCACUAUGUUUAUGCAACAAAUGAAACCGAGAAGAGCAAAAGGAAACAAAUAAUUAAAGUAGCGAAAAACAAACAAAAAAAGCAACCUACACACUAUUUAAAUAAAACGAUAGACGUAUAAGAUUAACAUAAAGUUAGUAACAAUACUAUUAAUAAAAAAGCGAUAUACUAAAAACGAACUUAAUGGUAUGAGGUAGAGACACAAAUGUCGAGCAAGUAAGGUACCAAAUUUGCUAACUGCUUCAUUAAGCUCUUUGCAUGGUAAUGGCCCUCGUGGCAAACUAAAGAUACACGCUUUGAAAGAAACAACCGCAUCGAUUGUGUUUUCUAAUGAAACUUAAAUAGAUAUCAGCAGACAAAACAUUUUGUUCAUUCCACUUCGCCCGACGUGAGCCAAAGCAAGUCGUCACCAGCACCAAACUGCUCCCAGUCUCGCAGCAGAAGUUUUCUCGAUUGGUUCUUCAAUUUACCCCUGCAAUGUUGCGCAUUUCGAAUCCAUUUGUCUACGCUCUUCUACCACUGGUGUUGAUAUUCAUAUUCAACGGAGCCGCUGGAUUGAGCUGCAAAUUCUGCCAAACGGUCAACGACUACAACAACUGUAUUAAAACUGCUGGCCAGGUGGAGUGUAACGAUGCCCUUGUUAAUAUGACCCAUCUCUUGCUGAAUCCGCACAAUCCAACCCUGGGCAAGGUGGUACCGUCGGUGAAUCAGUACCAGUGCUUCCAGGUGAAUUACACCAUCAACGGAGUGUGGAACUACCAUAUGGGCUGUACAUUUUCUGGCAGCAAGAUAUGUGAAGGCUGGAAAGUGUUGAGCCAGUGCGCAGUUACAAAUGGUAAGGAGGCAGGCACAACCACGACCGGGAAACCAACGGGCAAACAGCAAGCCUCAUUAGCUACUCCAACCGGACUAUCGAAAAGCAAUGACGGAUUAUCGACACUACCGGGCAAAAAAUCUCUACAUUCGAUCUCUUUAACGCCAACUGGACCGUUAACGACUACAGUGAGCAUAGCGGCACAAUCAAACAGCUCAUCACUUCAUUCCACGUUGGCGCCAACAGUUAUACCGAUCGCGAAGGAUUCUAGCACCCGAAAGACGCCAUCGAAGGCAAGCGUGCUGUCGCUGCAGUGGGAAGCUCUGGUAAUGUUCUGGAUCCUGAUCUUAUUUUGGAGGCACUGCUAAUGCUUCCUAGAAACGGAUAGCGAACAAUAGUCUAUUGGAAACAAUAAAACGUUAAAUAAA